AUGCUCCAGACUGGGAACUAUUCUCUGGUGCUACUGAUCCAGCUGACACUGUUGGCCUAUGACCUCUUUGUCAACUCCUUCAGUGAACUUUUGAGGGGAGCCCCUGUCAUCCAACUUGUGCUUUUCAUCAUCCAGGACAUCGCCAUCCUGUUCAACGUCAUCAUCAUCCUGCUGAUGAUGUUCAACACCUACGUGUUCCAGGUGGGCCUGGUGUCCCUGCUGCUGGAGAGGUUCAGGGCGCUGCUCCUGUUCGCCGCCCUCUACCUGACGCUCAGCAUCUGCUUCCACAGCUGGGUGUUGAACCUGAGAUGGCUGGACUCCAACCGCUUUGUCUGGACGGAUGGUCUUCAAGCUCUUUUUGUCUUCCAGAGAACAGCGGCUGUGUUGUACUACUACUUAUACAAGCGCACGGCGGAGUACAUGGGAGACCCCAGGCUUUACGAGGACUCCCUGUGGCUGCGCGAUGCUUUCGCCAGGGCCCGUCAGUGA